ACAAUAAUUUCUCUUCGAACGCAAUUGACACCUAGUUUCUCCUGCGUUGUAUUGGUUGACCUGAACCUUAUUGAUUUAGGUAGGAAUAUAAAUACGACAGACCGCUUUUUUUCUCACAGUCUAUUUUGAGAAUUGAAACAAGCAACACACACAGGCAAGAGAGAAUUGGAAAGAGUAUAUACGAUUUUAAACAAAUCUAACGGAAAUUGUAAAAAACAGAGACUUAAAGGAAACAUAUAAAAAUGAUUGUUAAAAUAAAUAAAAGCAAGAUUGUGCAGUGUUCUGUAGUCGGAGAUGGACUAGUUGGAAAAACUUCUUUAGUAAAAAAGUUUGUGCAUAAUAAGCAUACGGAAAACUACGUGGCUACCGUGUUUGAUAAUUUUGCAGGUGAUGUUGCUGUAGCAGGGGAUAAGUACACUGUCAGUGUCUUCGAUACGGCCGGACAACAAGAGUACGAAGGGCUUCGUGUGUUCACCUACGCUCAGAGUGACGUCAUAGUCGUCUGCUACUCUGCAGUCGAUCGCGAUUCCUUCAGAAAUGUGGUAGACUUCUGGGUCCCAGAAAUAAGAAAUUACGUCAGCAACAACAAGCCAAUUAUUCUUGUAGCAACGCAAAAUGAUCUCACGCCAGGAAAAGAGACAUGUGUUACCAGAAGUGAGGGACUGAAAUUGGCAAAUAAAAUCGGUGCCAGUUUGUUCGUAGAAAGCUCAGUGCACGACCGUGAUAGUAUAAUUAACCUUUUCGAAAACGUGGUGGUUAACGCUAUUAAGAGAAGGCGAAGAAAAUCUAGCAUAUUUGAGAAAAUUCUAAGAAGGUGAUUUGGAAAUGCCUUGAAGCAAGUUUUUUGCUGAAAAAGGCAUUGUGCAGCCGUAUGUCCCCAGACGCUGAUGAUACCCUGACGAUGACGCUGCUAGUCAGAAUGAAGACAUGUCGAUUGGGAUCUAAUAAGUUUAUGGACAUUUACAUUCGAUAAUCGUUGACGUUCAUAAAUAUUUGAGAGACAUCAGUUUAAUCUGAUAAUUUCAUGAUAUUUACCAUAAUACCUAAAAGUGUGGGGUAACACUUUUUUAGUUAAGCAAAAUGUGAUAUUUUGCCAAAAUAUUGAUACUUGUUUCUCAUAAGGUCAUAACAGAUGCAGUGCAUCUGGUAGAGAUUUGUCCAGUAUCAUUGUGAACAUUUUACAUUCCUGUGUUUACUUUAAUAUAUAUGGUGAACGUUGUGCAAUAUUUUGUUAAAUAUUUUUAAUAUUGUUAAAGUUGUGGCGUUUAUUUUUAUAAUAAAAUAUGUUGUUGAAAUAUGUGCCUAGAUUUUUCGUUCAGAUUUCUGGUUUUAUACUUUUAUAAAGUCGUCACGAAUCCUGAAAAUUUAUACUGGGAUACAAUAUAUUUUGCUUGAAUUCUUA